CUUAUGCGCUCGCUUCAGCGUCCAGGCAGAAGCAGCUGUGCGGUCGGAGAUUGAGCCCGCUCUGAUCCUACAAGCGGAGAUUUGCUAACUACAGCAUUACCCUGCGCUGGACAUAUUCAAGAUAUUACAGCCGUAUUACUGAGUAUUUGUCUUGUCGUUUGUGGGUUUUAUUAUUUUAUAGGAAAACAUUUGCUUCACGGGUGAAAAGUUGAGGCUGCACAUCGCGAUCGAGAUGAUGCUUGAAUCCAUUGAAGUUACAGAACGGCUCCAUUGGCCAGAGAGGGAAAUGUCUAGGAGUUGUGUCCUAAGCCCCAUGGAGAAGCCCUUGAGCCCCAGUCAGCUGCAUCUGGAGCGCAUAUCCUCUGGCGUUCUGAAGGACCUGUUUAACACGACCACCAGCAGCUACAACACGUUGCUGCAGAAAGAGUCAGAUGCUCAGGAGAGCCCUAACCACUCCUCCUACAAGUGCCCUAAACGAGUCUCCACAGCAAGGCAUCGUGACAGACCCCUGCCAACCCUUGCACCUCUAACGAUGAGUGGCCUAGCCUUUGGUUGCAGAGACAGCAGGCAUGCUCAGUCGGUAUUCUCCUGUUUCUCCACCAGCAGUUCCAAGCAAACUAACAGCAUCACCGUGCUAGGCAGUGCCAUCCGCCUGUCCCCCUGCCCCAUACCCAGGCACAAAAACAGCUGCCCAACUGGCACCAAACUCCCGCAGCUGUCCAGAGUGCUCUCUGCUGCUCGUGAUGGAGAGAACUCAAUCAAGAAGCUCUGCAUCCUCACUGCCAUAAAGCCAUCUAAUGUAGAGAAAGAGAAGGCCAGGUUUUUCAAAUCAGACUUUAAAUACAACCCUCAGUUUGAGUACAGCAACCCUCUGCCUCCACAAGUACUAGCAAAACACAGCACCGCUUCAGACCGCUUCCUCACUCAGGCUGUGCGGAUCAUGGAGUUGGCCCUGCAGAAAUACGGCUCCUAUGAGAAGUUUGAACAGGCUACAGGAGGAAACCUCCUCACCAAGAGCCGCAUCUGGUACCAUGUCAAAAAAUACAUGGAGAAGGAAGGAUGCAUGGGAGAGAUUGUGGUUAAUCUCACUGAUGACCUCCUGUCCAGAGCGUCUAUGACUGUGGUGAACGGCAGACCUACACUCACCAUCAACAUCUCUACUGCCAGAGAGCAGUGGCUGGAGGGGAUGCUGAGGCAUGAAAUUGGUACGCACUACUUCCGCGGCAUCAACAACAGUCAUCAGCCGUGGGGCAGCGGCGGCGGCAGGAAGAAACACGGUCUGCGGCCCAUCAACCCCACUGAGGAGGGUCUGGCCAGCAUCCACAGCGUGCUCUUCCGCAAGGACCCCACCCUGUGGCGUGCCGCCCUGCUCUACUACACCGUCUACCAGGCCAGCCGCAUGUCCUUCUCACAGCUGUUUCACAACCUGGGUCGAUUCGUCCACGACCCCAACACGCGAUGGGACUAUUGUGUCAGAGCCAAACGAGGACAGACCGACACGGCUCUGCCAGGCUGUUUCAGUAAGGACCAGGUGUACCUAGACGGCAUCCUGAAGAUCCUCAGACACAGAGACAAGAUUGACUUCCAGCUGCUCAUGGCCCUGGGAAAGGUGUCAUAUGAGGAUGUGGAGCGUCUAAAGGGUCUGGCUCUGAUGGAGCACGUGCGGAUUCCUCACUUCCUGCAGGACCAAGCGCGCUACACAGAUCAGCUUCAUAAAAUCAUGGAGGUCAACCAGUUAACCGAUGAGGAGCUGUGCACACUUAUCUGAACAUGUGACCUUUGACCUCUUUACCAUUCAUAAACAAAAACAUGUCCACUAAAAACUAAAAAAAGAAAGGCAAAAUUACUUUUUGCAUUAAAAAUUAAACCUAUUUUUAAAAGCAUUAAAUAUUUGUGAAUUUUCAAAUGAUUUUAAUGACACUUCAGGUCUCCCACCUUUGAUUCUCAUAAUUAUUGUACCUCAUUUACUGUAAAUUUACAAAAAAUCUCAUUCUGAUUACUGUAAUGUGAGAAUUAAUUAUAUUACAUUAGUCAUUAAUCAUUACACAUUACAAAAUGUAAAAACAAAUGACCAAAUUACAAAAUGUUACAAUGCAAAAAAUCUUAAUAGCUCUUCAUUUUAAUUGGGGAGGAUUAAAAAGUAGAGAACUUUUUGGGAUGGAGACGCAAACAAUCAGUCUGUGGAGCUUUUUUGUUUUCCUCCAGUCAAUUUUUUAGCCAGUGCAGAGCAUUAAGUCUCAUCUAAAGGUUCUCAGGACACAGGGGAUAUUGAGGGGCCAAAUUACCAUCAGUUACAGAUUGCCAAACAUACAGGUUCCUUAAGCUGUUUAUUUCCUGCAUUUUUAUGGUAUUUUUAUUUGUAUGUCUUAGAAAUACAUUUUCAUAUUUAUGAUGGCAUGCAUUUAAUGAUAUAACAUGUAGAUGAUUUGAAUUUCAAACAUUUGAUGAUUACAAAAAGAGUUGUUUUCUGUGUGCCAAAAUGUUGACCUUUGUUUAUAAAGUGUCCUUCAUGGAAGCAGAAAAUCCUUGUCCAAUCCAAUGUCCUAAAUGUCACAUGCUAAAUAUAUGAAUAACAUCUCACUAGCACAA